AGCGGGAAUUAUUGAAGAAAAACUUUAAAGUAGAACAAUUCAAACGUUAUUGCGAGGACUAGAACACAUUGGAGAAUGGGUCAUCAAAAUGUGUUUGCUUUUUUUGGAGUUUUAGUGUGUGCGACUGUGCUCGCCUUUGUGUCAGCAGCUACAGCCCCAACGACCGAUUCAACGAAUACAUCAACAGCAUCAACAGCAAAAACUUCACCCCCAAAAUCAUCUUCUAGCACAACUACUGCUAGUUCCAUUGCUUCCACUACUUUUGCGCCAUACGACUGUAAGGAUGGAAAAUGCAAUGGAACAGUAACGGACACGAGUUGCCUCAAGGAUAUUAAUGCAACAUGUAAAACAACAGCAACAAACCGAGGAUGUAAAAUUUCUAUCGCCAAUGGAGUAGUAACUGCAAGCUGUACCACUGGAGCUUGCAACGCAACAGCCAACAAUGCCACCGAAAAAUGUUGUGAAGGCUCGGGCUGUACCGCGGAGCUGUUCAAGCCAAAAGAACACAAAAAGGGCACUGGAAACGCCAUUCAAGCCUGCAUAUCAACGAUCGUUACAUUGACAACCGUUGUCAUGGUAAUUAUCAACUGAGUUUACGGUUGAAACAAUGACUUUUAUUUCAUUACAGGAGUUGAUAACGCAUUAUAUCGAUGGUUUAAUGUUGAUUAACUAUGAAAUGUAUGCACUUAUCAAAGAUCUGAAUCGCCUGUAAAGAAAAUUGGCCAGCCAAUUGAAGGCUCAUACAGAUGACGUCAUAUUGACAGAAUGUAACUUAAACCUGUUGAUUUUAGCUUGGCCUUUUCUUUUCUAUCCGCUUAUUUCCAUUUGCUUUUAAAGUCUCCGUCCAUUGGCUUUAGUUAAAAAAUGUUAUAGUUGAUUUCAUAA